AACGUGUUUACCCGGUAGCCUAUGUUGUAACAAAUCAUUGUAUUUUAGGUCAGUUAGAUUGUUUGAUUUACAGAAAACUGCUGUAUAUUUGCAAUGUUUCGAACUCAGCGUAAGUUGAACCGCCCGGCUAUUCCACUUGUCCAACUGCUGGAUUUCGUCCCACGACCUGGUAUGCGAUGGAUUGUUAGUGGAAAACCUAAACCGUCUAGCGAAGGAUUUAGCAUUAAUUUCAAAGUUGGGCCAGCAGAGCAAGAUGACAUCGCAUUUCACUUCAACCCAAGGUUUGUCAAGCGACAAGUUGCGCGAAACGCGAGAACAAACAAGGCGUGGCGUUCAGAUCAUGAAGACUCGACUCCUUACUUUCCAUUUGAAAAAUACAAACACUUUCAAGUUGAGAUUACGUGUUUAGCCGAUGGGUUUGAGGUCAAGGUAAACGGGGAAAGUUUCACUAAGUUCAAACACCGCUACGACCUUCACCGUAUCACACACUUAAACAUAGAUGGUCAGGUCGAUGUGGAUUCAGUGGAGUUUGGAUACGUGGGAAACGACAGGAGCAUCCAAGAACCGUUCCUCACAUUUCACAACCCAAUGUCAAUGUUUACUUUGCCGUUGGAUCGCCGUCUUACUAGAGGAUCUGAAAUGAUAAUCACUGGACGAGCCACUGCCGACAAGUUUGGGUUCAACUACCACUGUGGUCCGGAUGCGACAUACGAUUAUGCUUUCCGAUUUUCACCAGAAUUCGGAGCUCAAAGAGUUGUUCGUAACUCAAUGGUCAGACAGAAGUGGAAUCCGAACGCUGAGUUCAUUUCAUCUUACUUUCCAUUCAGACAGAGAGAGCUGUUCACCAUACGCUGCGUUUGUCAUAACGAUAAGUUCUCGGUGUAUGUGAACGAUGUUCACUUCUGCGACUUCACAUACAAGGUGCCGCUCUACCGUGUAUCUUAUUUUGAAAUCGAUGGCGGGAUUGACAUUGAAAACGUCACUGUUCAAUGGCAACCAAUGGAUGACCCGAAGGUCCAACAAGAGAACUGGGGAAAGCCCCUGUACUGAUCCAAAGUACGUUUUUUAUAUAGAGGAUGGUGAAGAUGUGGCACCUUUUUAUUAUACUUUCAUGACUCAUUUGGGAGUAAACAAAUGUCUUUUUAAAAAUCAUAUCACUAUAUCCUAAGGACUCCCAUAGACUGUUCUUAAUUAUUGAAAACACGAUCAGGAUAUUUGGAUAUUAUGUGCUCCUACUAUAUUAUGAAUUUUCAAAACGAUAUCGUCAAAUACUUUAAUUAACUGUAUCAUGUUUAAUUGUUACUUACAUGCUGGACGUUAAUGAAUUAAUGUAAAUAUUGAUCAAUUAUUUAAUAAAACGAAUAUAUCACGACAAAAAA